AUGGACGGUGGUAGCGCCGCGACCAUUGACUUGAAGGGGAAUGAUUUUCAGUUCAUACCGUUUGGAGCUGGUCGAAGGAUGUGCCCUGGCAUCAACUUUGGGUUGGUCACUGUUGAGAUCAUGCUGGCAAACCUCAUGUACUGUUUUGAUUGGGGGCUGCCGGCUGGGAGAAGGUCUGGGGUUGUUUUGGUGUCGAGCACGCUUGAUGUUGACAUUGUUGUUGGUUGUGUUCUUCCUUCUGGUGCAAUUGGUAUUCUUGUUGUGGUCGCCUCCGGCUGA